UCGCAGCGCGGCGGCCGAGGCCGGGCUGGGCAGUACCGGAAGGACCCAGGGCGGGGGUCGGUCCUGGCGCGUUUUGGAAGGCAGAGAGCAGCGCCGAACCCUCCGGUCUUAGACGCAGCUCGAGGCUUCGGAGCGAGCCCGCGCCAGUACCGACGCUGGGAGCUGCCCGCACGGCCUCAGGGGCCGACGCUCCGGGCUGUGCGCGGUGGCCCCACUCGGCGCUCGCUCUCUCGCUCGCUCGCCAGCACACCCCUGGCCGCUCCGCGCCCGAUUCGCAGGCGGGGGCCGAGCGCGGGCGGGCGAGCGGGCGGGGGAGGUGACUGGUGCGGGUGUGUGUGCAUGUGCCUGGCUGGGUGCACACCCCGCACGGCGGCAGCGCCAGGACGCGGAGCGCUCCCUGGAGCCCGGCCGCCUAGCACGGCUCCGGCGCCCGCGACCAUGUUCCAGCCCGCGGCCAAACGAGGCUUUACUAUAGAGUCCUUGGUGGCCAAGGACGGCGGCACCGGCGGCGGGGGCACGGGUUCCCAUCCCCUGGCGGCUGCCUCCUCGGAGGAACCGCUUCGGCCCACGGCGCUCAACUACCCUCACCCCGGUGCGGCCGAGGCGGCCUUCGUGAGCGGCUUCCCUGCCGCAGCUGCCGCGGGUGCCGGCCGCUCGCUCUACGGAGGGCCGGAGCUCGUGUUCCCCGAGGCCAUGAACCACCCCGCGCUGACCGUGCACCCUGCUCACCAGCUGGGUGCCUCCCCGCUGCAGCCCCCACACUCCUUCUUCGGCGCCCAGCACCGGGACCCUCUCCACUUCUAUCCCUGGGUCCUGCGGAACCGCUUCUUCGGCCACCGCUUCCAGGCAAGCGAUGUGCCCCAGGACGGGCUGCUGCUACACGGCCCCUUCGCGCGCAAACCCAAGCGGAUCCGGACGGCCUUCUCGCCCUCGCAGCUGCUGCGGCUGGAGCGUGCCUUCGAGAAGAAUCACUACGUGGUAGGCGCCGAGAGGAAGCAGCUAGCCGGCAGCCUCAGCCUCUCGGAAACGCAGGUGAAGGUGUGGUUCCAGAACCGGAGGACAAAGUACAAACGGCAGAAGCUGGAGGAGGAAGGGCCCGAGUCGGAGCAGAAGAAGAAGGGCUCUCACCACAUCAACCGGUGGCGCAUUGCCACGAAGCAGGCCAACGGAGAGGACAUCGAUGUCACCUCUAAUGACUAGGGGGCCACCAUGAACCCAUGAAAGCAGGGUGCUGCUUGCUGCUGGCCAGGCCCCUGGGGGGGCCCAAGCUGGCCACUCCCUGGCCAGGCUGCCCUCGCGUCUCGGCCCCACAAGGCUUGGAACCUGGGGCUACCACUGACAGUGGGACAAGUAGUGGGCUGGCUGAAGCCUGGGAGCCUUUGGCCCUCUGGGUGCAGAGAGCCUGCCUGCCGUCUCCCUGGGCGGGCCGCCCUCACCACAGCCUCCCAGCGGCUCUCCAUUCCACUCACCUCCUUUUUGUUUCUAUGCGCUUCUGUUUAAUUUAUUUUCCAGGCCCGUUGUAGUUCCUAGUGGUUCUCCUGUACCUCCCUUCCCUAUGGGAAUAAUAAAAUCUCUCUUGGUGCCACGGGCAUUCACUCCAACCCUCCAGCCUGUGACUCCACAGUGAUGGUUUCCCAUUCUGGACCUCCCACUCUGGGGUGGGGGGUCUGCUGGUAGAGCAAGCAGGUUCAGGGCUUAGAGUCUGGGGGAGGUUCUGGGUGGGAC